AUGGACGCCGUCGACUCUAUGGUGGAUCCCCUCCGCGAGUUUGCCAAGGACAGCGUCCGCCUCGUCAAGCGCUGCCACAAGCCCGACCACAAGGAGUUCACCAAGGUGGCGGCGCGGACGGCGAUCGGGUUCGUCGUCAUGGGGUUCGUCGGCUUCUUCGUCAAGCUCAUCUUCAUCCCCAUCAACAACAUCAUCGUCAGCUCCGGCUAGGUGCGAAUGCG